GGGAGGGAGCAGAUGAUGGCUAGGACAUCCACAUCAGCGCUGAAUCCAGAUCCCCCAGCUGGAAUCGGUGGCUGAAGUCAGGCAGGGCGCCCCAGCCGGCUCCAGGGAAAAGAGGGGGGGGCAAGUCCACGAUGCUGAGAGGGGUGGCCAGAGCGCCGCCCCCAGGAGGGGAGGGAAGGGUGGCGGGGUUGAGGGGUGUCCAGCUGCCAUCCCCGCCGCCGCCUGGCCACCACUCGCUGGCGCCCAAGUGGGAGGAAGGCAGCUGCCCGCUCCCUCCUCCCCACAUCCCCGCUACCUGCCCAGUCCCCCGAAGCGAAGCGUGAGGAGGCUGCGAGCCAGCGGGGCCGAGCCCACAACUUUGCAGCCUUGGGCAGGGCGAGAGUCGGCGUCCAGGGCUCCUCUUGUCCGCGACCCGAGCUCGGAAUGUAAUCGAGGAUGCUGGCCCUGAGGCUGCUCAACGUGGUGGCCCCCGCCUACUUCCUGUGCAUCUCCCUGGUGACCUUGGCGCUGCAGCUCUUCCUCUUCCUGCCCAGCAUGCGCCAGGACCCCGCAGCUGCCCGGCUCUUCCCUCCCGCGCUGCUCCACGGGGCGCUCUUCCUGUUCCUCUCCACCAAUGCCCUGGGCAAUUACGUCCUGGUCAUCCAGAACUCCCCCGACGACCCGGAUGCCUGCCAGGGGCCCCCGGCCAGGAGGGCCCCGUGCCCCCCGCCUAGCACCCACUUCUGCCGAGUGUGCGCCAGAGUCACCCUGCGGCAUGACCAUCACUGUUUCUUCACGGGCAACUGCAUCGGCAGCAGGAACAUGCGCAACUUCGUCCUGUUCUGCCUCUACACCUCCCUUGCCUGCCUCUACUCGAUGGUGGCCGGCGUGGCCUACAUCUCAGCGGCCCUUUCCACCUCCUUCGCCCACCCCUUGGCCUUCCUCACGCUCCUUCCCACCUCCAUCAGCCAGUUCUUCUCCGGAGCUGUCCUCGGUUCUGAAAUGUUCGUCAUCCUCAUGCUCUACCUCUGGUUUGCCAUCGGUCUGGCCUGCGCGGGCUUCUGCUGCCAUCAGCUGCUGUUGAUCGUACGGGGACAGACCCGCCACCAGGUGCGGAAGGGGGUGGCGGUGAGGGCCCGGCCCUGGCGCAAGAACUUACAGGAGGUCUUCGGGAAGAGGUGGCUGCUGGGCCUGCUGGUCCCCAUGUUCAACGUCGGAGGUCAGAGGACAGGUGGAGAGAGAAUGAAGAGGAGAAGCCACUUGGUUCUCCAUCACAGCCAGAGCUGACCACCCUUGAGGAUCAGCCAGGCUCCCUGAUCUCUCAGCCCCUACAACACUUGGACACUUUGGGCUACCCAGUCCCGGGGGGCAGCUGAGAGGGGGUUGGGCCCUGCAGGGAGGGAGUGGUCGCUGAGCAGGUGAAUGAGCAUGACAUCUGAUGCAUCCUAAAGACGAACAGGCCUA